CUUGAAAUCAAAACACACCACCAAACCCUAACUUCACCUUCACAAAUUUCUUAUCUUUAGCUCCCAAUAGAUUCUAUAUCCACAGAAAAAAAAUCUCAACUAGAUUCACAACCUCCACGCACUUCCAAACACAGAAAGAGAGAAACAAGAACCAUAUGGUCUUGUUCCUGAAGUUAGGGCAUAUCUCCUUCUCAAGACCCUAAAGAACAAAAAAGAUCAGAUCUCAGAAUUUUUGUGUCUCUGUAUAUUAGAUAAACAUUUACAUACCAUUAUUUGUGUGCAUAUAUAUAAUAGAGAAUACUAUAGAACAACAACAAAAAAAAAAUGGGAAGGGGAAGAGUAGAGCUGAAGAGGAUAGAGAACAAGAUCAACAGACAAGUAACGUUUGCAAAACGUAGGAACGGUUUGCUGAAGAAAGCUUAUGAAUUGUCUGUUCUUUGUGAUGCCGAGGUUGCUCUCAUCAUCUUCUCCAACCGUGGCAAGCUCUAUGAGUUUUGCAGCUCCUCUAACAUGAUCAAGACACUGGAACGGUACCAGAAAUGCAGUUAUGGUUCUAUUGAAGUCAACAAUAAACCUGCCAAAGAACUUGAGAACAGCUACAGAGAGUAUCUGAAGCUCAAGGGUAGAUAUGAGGGCCUUCAGCGUCAACAAAGAAAUCUUCUUGGAGAGGAUUUAGGACCUCUGAAUUCAAAGGAGUUAGAGCAGAUUGAGCGUCAACUAGAUGGCUCUCUCAAGCAAGUUCGCUCCAUCAAGACACAGUACAUGCUUGACCAGCUCUCUGACCUUCAAACCAAAGAGCAAAUGUUGCUUGAAACCAAUAGAGCUUUGGCUAUGAAGCUGGAUGAUAUGAUUGGUGUGAGAAGUCAUCAUAUGGGUGGUGGAGGAGGAGGAUGGGAAGGAAAUGAACAUAAUGUUUCCUAUGCGCAUCAUCAAGCUCAGUCUCAAGGACUAUUCCAGCCUCUUGAAUGCAAUCCAACUCUUCAGAUGGGGUAUGACAAUCCAGUAUGCUCAGAGCAGAUAACUGCAACAACACAAGCUCAGGCACAGCCCGGUUACAUUCCAGACUGGAUGCUCUGAAAGUCAUGUGGAUCAUUCUAAUGAUGUGAUCAAUCUCGCCAACAAAUUAAAAGACCUGUUUGAUAUAUAAAAAAGUGUAGACACAAGACUUUGGAUUUGUAGACAUGAUAUGUAAUGUCCUGAGGAUCUCCAGUACAUUUGUGUAUUUUGGGAAACCUUGCUAUAUUAAGGGUUGCAAUAUGUGGAACUUGAUUAAACCUGAUAACUUAUAAUCAAAGUGCUGCACCAGUGCAUUGAGAUACA